CGGAUUAAAAUGGGAGCGGUCAAUGUUGCUGAAUAUGAAUCCUCAGUUUUACUAGAGUUGUUCAUCUACCUUGUAUAUUCUAUUUGUUACGACUAUCCAAUUUAUAAAUUAAGUUUGAAUGUAUCAAUGAUAUAAUUUUCGAAGGACAUACACUAUUUUCAACCAAUAAAAUUGCAGUAAAUUUCAGUUGUCAAUUCAAAAUGGCGUCGGAGGGCGACAGGAAGGCGUCCUUCGGAGAUGAAAACCAGCUUUCAUCAAUACUUUCCGAAUUAAAUGCACAGAGAAACGUGUCAAGGUUUUGUGAUGUCAUCCUGAAAGUCUGUGGUGAUCAAAUAUUCGCCCAUUCCAAUGUAUUGGCAGCAGCGAGUCCUUAUUUCGCGUCCUUUCUCGGACUCGGGCAAGAUUUACCACGGGCAUUUUCCCAAAAAACUCCUCAGAUCAUUGAAAUACACAUUGAUGGUAGCGAAGGAGACAGUGGAUAUGGAGACGCUGUACACAGAGUUGUAGACUAUAUGUACACUAGUAACAUUCAAUUAAAUUACAACGUUCUUACCCCUGUUUUGGAAAUCGCCAAAAUCAUGCAAAUGAGCAAAAUAUUGGAAUUCUGUGAUCUUUUCCAGCGAGGCGAAGAUGGUGUGAAAUCCAAAGAAUCCCAAAUCAACACAAAGGAUGCAAACAUUCAGACGAGUGUGACAUAUCCACAUCGUAAUCACCAUGAUCCUAUCAGUGCAAAUGAAAAAAUCGAACAGACACCAAAAGUAGAGGUAAAAAGAAAGAGAGGUAGACCUAGGAAAACACCUCUACCCUCAAAGAUUCCGAAAGCUUUAAAUCAAGAGAAGGAGGAGUCGAUGGAAGAGACAGCAGAAAUAAAGGAAAUUGAUAAAAAAGAACAUGAUAAGUUGGAGACAGAAGAAGAAGAGUUUAAAGAUGAUGACCAGCCAGACUUGUUGGCAUAUGAUCUAGAUAAAUUAGAAGAUCCAGCUGAAACGGAUGAUGACGAACCUGAAAGCACACCAGAUGGUCGACCAAUACGUAGAGUUCGUGGCAAAAGACCAAAGUACUUUGAAAACUAUGUAGACAGUCCAAUGGUAUGUUACAAUGUGACGAAAACAAAAUCGGGGAGAGAAAUCUAUGAAUGUCAGGACUGCCCUUACAAUUCAGAAGUCAUGUAUCAUUUCAGAAGACACCGCUCUUCCCACAUGAAUGCAAGUUCUAAAUACAAAUGUGACAAAUGUGACUUCUCCUCUCCACGGCUCAAAGUUCUGACUAAUCACCAUCGGAAUCACUUACACGAGGACAAUAAAUGUAGUUUUUGCGAUUUCCAAGCUGAUGACAAGCAAGUUCUGAAAGUACAUCUUGAAAAACAUUCUGGACAAUAUCCAUAUUUUUGCCAAUUUUGUGAGACCAAAUUCAAAACAAAAACUCAACUAAAUAUUCAUCUUCCAAAGCACUUAGACAGUAAGCCUUUUGUGUGCACAGAAUGUAAUGCUGGAUUUAAAUGGAAGCAUGCACUGAAAAAUCACAUGAUUACUCACAGCCAAACGAAGGACCAUCUUUGUGAUAUUUGCGGGUUCACCACAGCACACAAGAGCCAGCUGAAAGCACACAGACUGAUACACACUGGUAACACAUACAAGUGUGAAGUUCCUGGCUGCACAUUCCAAGCAACAAAGCGACAAAACUUAAAGUACCACAUGCUUACUCAUACCCAUGAAAAACCUCACCAGUGUGAAAUUUGUGGACAAAGUUUCUCUUUGGUGAAAAACAUGAAGCGACAUAUGCUACUUCACACAAAUACCCGUCAGUAUAAGUGUAAAUUAUGCAUAUUUUCCACCACCCGCUAUGACAAGCUCAAAGACCACAUGUUAAAACAGCACGGAGAAGGAGAAAUGCCGAAAAAGAGGUUCAGGUUGUUUGACUAUCCAAAAAGUAUGGUGCCAUCAGAAACCAUAAACUUUGAGGAACUUGGAGAAGGUGAAGUGAUACCAAACAUUGUACAUGUGGAAAACACAAUGAGUACAGCACAAUGUAAGAUUGAUGAGAAUUCCAGUGGUGAGCAACAGAUCUUCAUUACAAACCCCGCCGGUGAGCCAUUCCCGAUUACCCUCACAAGGAUAGAGGGCAUGGAGGGUGUUAACUCUGGCUGUUACCAAACUAUCCAACUGGUGGCUCAUGUCGAAUAAAUAUAUAUACAAAAUGUUUAUAAUUAUAACUGGUGGCUCAUGUCGAAUAAUUAUAUAUACAUA